UGAACAUGUGUUAGAGAAUGGGUUCACUCUGACAGCAUGCACAUAACUGAUGUCAUACAGGGGAUCUAAAUUAACUUUAUCAUUUAGUGCAUGUAUAAUUAUCUCACUCUCAAGAAAUAAGAGUCCAGUAAAUGCAAAUUAAGGAAAGAAAUAGAAGUGGGGGUCAAUUCUACAUGCAGAAUUCCCAACUUGGUUGACUUUCACUGGCAGACACUGCAGAAAUGGAGAUCGAGUCAAUGGUGGCAAACUGUGCACUCAUAAAAGCUCGAGAAGUUGGUAAUCGUGGUAAUCGUAAAGGAAGAAGUCGAAAAUGGAAGGAAUUUCUGCGUUUCCCGCACAUUAACGAGUGCACACAGCUGGAGAAAAGCAUUGAGCGAGACUACAACAGUCUGUGUGUUAAACAGCCCAUUGGAAAGCAACUCUUCCGAAUGUUUUGUGCAACUAGAUCCGAUCUGCAAUACUGCAUUGACCUCUUGGAUGCUAUGGAAGAGUAUGAGGUCACACCAGAUGAAAAUCGAAAGAACUCUGGCAAGCAACUCAUUACAAAAUAUCUCACGUCACAGUAUGUCCAUAGUGUGAAGGGAAUUUUAGAAAGCCAACUUCAAGGGUGCAGAUGCAACCUGGAGCUCCGAGCGUCUGAAGGUGUCUUCAAUGAAUGCCAGAAAGCACUCCAUGAGUAUUUGAGUGGAGGUCCUUUUGCAGAAUAUCAGAAAAGCAUGUACUUCGACCGUUUCCUGCAGUGGAAGAUGGUUGAGAGACGGCCGAUCACCAGAAACAUAUUUCGAGAAUAUCGUGUUUUAGGAAAAGGCGGGUUUGGAGAGGUGUGUGCAUACCAAUCCCGCGCAUCAGGGAAAAUGUACGCCUGUAAAAAACUGGAGAAAAAACGUGUGAAGAAGCAGAAGGGGGAAUCCAUGGUUCUCAACGAAAAACAGAUUCUAGAGAGGGUGAACAGCAGAUUUGUGGUCAGUUUAGCUUACGCUUUCGAGACUAAAGAAGAUCUUUGUCUGGUGUUGACGCUGAUGAAUGGAGGAGACCUGAGAUUUCACAUCUAUAACAUGGGCACGGAGGGGCUCAGUAAAGACAGAGUACAAUUUUAUGCUGCUGAGAUCCUGUGCGGAUUGGACCAUCUACAUCAAAAGUCCAUUAUAUAUAGGGAUUUAAAGCCAGCAAACAUUCUAUUGGAUGAUGAUGGUCACAUUCGGAUAUCAGAUUUGGGACUUGCAGUAAUCUUGCAAGAUGGAAAACCCAUCAAAGGCAGAGUGGGCACAGUGGGGUACAUGGCACCAGAAGUCGUCGCCAACAUGUACUACGGUGUAAGCACAGACUGGUGGGGACUUGGGUGUCUAAUCUACGAGAUGACAGCCGGAAAUCCACCGUUCCAUAAUCACAAAGAACGGCUGCCCAGACAGGAGAUGGAACGGAGAGUUCUGGAGAUGACCGAGCAUUACGGGAGCAAAUUUGACGAGGACUCUACAUCCAUCUGCAAAAGUCUCUUGACUAAAAGCCCAAAAGAGAGGCUAGGCUGCAGGCCAGGGGACGGAGCAGAGGUCAUCAAAGGUCAUCCGUUCUUCAAGAACAUCAACUUCACGAGGCUGGAGGCUGGAAUGAUGAAACCCCAAUUUGUUCCUGAUCCAAGAGCGGUUUACUGUGCAGAUGUUCUGGACAUCGAUCAAUUCUCCACCGUUAAAGGUGUGAUCCUCGAUGAGACGGAUGAUGAUUUCCACGACAAGUUUAACACGGGUAGCGUGGCAGUCCCGUGGCAGAAUGAGAUGAUUGAAACGGAGUGUUUUAAGGACCUGAAUGUGUUUGGGCCGGGUGGAACACGAUCACCAGAUCUAGAUCGCAAUGUGGUGCUCCAGCGCUACGGCUCAGUGACUCAACUCAAUAAUCGCAGUUAUCUGGAAAACUCUCGAAGCAGAUUACUGCACAGAAUCUUCAAGAGACGUGAAUAUUCUGGAGUAUUCAGAGCUUAAAGCACCGGGGCCGGUCCGCUGAGCCCAUAUGCCAUUCUUCAUCCAGUCUGGGCUCGGAUUAACUUCAUUAGAAGACCUGUCACGUGUAAAUUAACUGGAUACAUUGCUGCCAGGACAAUUUUCCCAUAAAAAAGGACUGCAUUUGGAUUUGAAGCACCAUUUCUUCCUUCGAAAGUUUUGAUGCAAGUCAAAGAUGAUAAACAGUAUAAAAGAGUCUGUAAAAGAAGAUACUGAAGAGAGAUUAUUUAAGCUUUCAUCAUUCAAAUAAUUUUGAAAUAUCUCUGCAAGACUGGGUAUUUUGGUCAGAUCUUUAAAACAAAUGUACUGUAUGACAAAGCCAGUCUGCAGGGUUUGGCUAAUAUAGCCAUGCUUUUAUAUUACAAAAGACUUUUCAUUCAGUUGUUUGCUGAUUUUUGUUUGUGUGCUUUUUCACAUAAAUGACUGAGCCAGUGUGCAAAUUGUGUGUGUGUCUGCUUCUUGCAUGAUUAAAUAUUAGUCUAAAAGGGCAGGAAUAUCUAUGUAUAAAACGUACAUUUGUGGAAAUAAAAACUGUUAAAGCUGUUUAUAAUCCUUUA